GCCGUCUCGCGGCGCGUUUGAAUUCUUCGCAUGCAGUUAGUCAAUGUUGAACCGCGCAUAUGACCGGUUGCGUAUCAUAACGUUUAGGUGUAGUAUACUGCCAACCGUCACCGUGUUCAGCAAGCUAUUCGGUUGUUGGUGCAAUUCUGGGUGGAAGGAAUAUAUUGCAGAGCGAGUUGAUUAGAUCCGAGCAAAGUGGAGUUGGAGUAUCGGUGUGCCAUCGCAUGUUAAAAUUGUGCGCUUAGGGCCAACGUGUGAACAGCCUCAAUACCGCUACCCUAAAACCGCAAGUUUUACACUUCCUGUUGUAGAUUGUUUGUGUUGCCGCUGGCGUUGUGAAAAAAGGCGGCCUGUGGAGUUUAGUGCGGUGGGUGUACGAAUCGGCGAAGAGUGGAGCACCGAAUAAUAAGCGAUUCAAUAAGCUUGGUCCAAAUUCUGGAGAAUUGUGCAUGUCUCAGCUUACGUUCCACGAAGAGGCUUAGUUCGGGAGAAUAAAAAAAAGAGUCAGUGAAUAAAUCAGACAAAGAGCCCACGCCGACAGUUAGUGUGCUUCUCUGUUUUUCCCUUUUUAUUGGUUCCGUUGUUGGAUUAUUAGGUUCCCGCGUCGUCGUCUGUCUAGAGCGGCCGUCACGUUUGGGAUUUAACGGAGAGCACCCAUAUGGCUCCCUCCAAUGAUUAUGACGACAGUUGCUCGCAGGACGGAUGCUCCGAUACCAUGCGGUCAUCCGAGCACACUGGUCACAAAUCUAGAUCGUCAUGCUCGGCGAUACCGGAACAUGAUUCCGAACGGUGUCUGAUGGUACAGUCUCCUUUGAGCUCGACUUCGUCGUCCAGUGGUAUCAGUGCUAGUACGAGUUUCUCGGUGAUCAACUAUGUUGGAAAAUCUCAAAAGCAAUCAUCUCGCAGAACUUCUGCGCUACACAGUCGGACUCCAUACGAAAAGCCAACUUCAAUUCAACCGAGCAAGGUAGAAACAUUGGACGAAACUACCAGCUCUUCCGUAGCGUCUUCCGUCGAUGGCUACUCAACGAUCGGAGAUUCCGUCUCGGUGGAGGAUGUUGCAGAAAUGGUGGACAUGGACGAAAGCCGAUCCAGCGAUCAGCAAGCUCUAGCACAACAAGCGCAACAUCAGAUGCAGCAGCCCCGCAUUUUCCAUGGACCACGGAGCCACCGGUCGAUGAGCGUAUCUUCCAGUGGAUGCUCCAGCUCGAUGGAUGACCGUAGCUACGAUUUUUCCCCAUUGGAUAGUUGUCGCUGUACGUCGCUCGGCAUCUCGGACUUCGAUGACGACGGUUUCCGCGAGGACGGCAGCAUAUCGUCCAUGUACUCAGUAUUUUCAUCACCACGGUCGUAUAACCCGCAUCACCAGCUUCAUCACAAUCACCAGAACAUUCCUCACCACCCCAACAAUACCAAGGGACUGUUCGACAUCGCACUGAAAACGGUCAAACUGAUCCGACGCAACCAGGAGCUGCAAAUGCAGUUGGCUCAGCUUCAGCAGGAGACCAACGCUUUCAUCGAGUCUGUGAUGGCUAAUCCGGAGAAUGAAUCGUUGCGAAACCAUAUGCACGGGGGUGGUGCCAUCCGGGCGGUGACACCGACUGUGGUGGUUCAGAAGUAGAAUGGUACCGACGCCUGCCGGAACUAUGGUGCCCAGUCCGCGAUCUCAAUCAUCUUGCUUGAAUCCUUUGUUUUAUUUAUUCGCUUAGAUCUGCACAAACUGUGCUCCCAUUAUUAGAGUCUGAGUAGAUUUCAGUGUUUAGGUAUUGUUUUCACCUCGUUUUAGCAGAAACAAUAUUAAGCGCAUCAAUACUGCUGAAAUGAGAUAUCAUUUGGCUGUUCACAAAUAAUUAGUGUUGAUAAGUUUUCGUUCUCUUUUUAAUCGUAGACGAUUUCGAUAUUCGUCAACAGCGUUGAGGAAUCUUUAUUUAUUGCCACAAGCUUCUGCGGCUUUGGAACUAAUGUUCUGAGAACAACAAUCACAAUCAUAUUUAUAACUGUUUAACAGCAGGAUAGAUGUAGUUUGUCAACCUUGGGUUGCAUAAGAAACGCUUAAAAUCACAAAACAGCAACAGUGAAAAUAAACUUAACAAGCAAUGGUUCGAAACACUUUCAUCAAACAGCAUUUAUGUCGUGUGUGAAUAAAACAUAUUCUUACAUUAUAAACAUCUAUCCUUUCAUGCGAGAUGCUUCGCAUUGUUUCUAUGAAACUUUAAACGAAAAAGAUUAUUUUUCUAAAAUCUUGACUCAUUAGGAGAUAGGUGAACUCCACACUCAAUUGGAACAAAAUUCAUAUAUCGGAUGUAAAACUAUAGUAAUAAGAAAAUAAAGCAUGAGAAGUACUGAAUAAAAAUCUCCUACUAUGAAAGACGAUAGCUUUG